CCCCUGCCCAUCUCCAUGCCUCCAUCCUGCAGGGGAGCCACCUCUGUGGUGUACAGCUGUGAGGAGAAGGGCACACGUACCCCAUAUGCUGCCAAGAUCCUGAAGAAGACAAUCGACAAAAAGAUUGUGAGGACGGAGAUCGGGGUCCUGCUGCGCCUCUCACACCCCAACAUUAUCAAACUGAAGGAGAUCUUCGAGACGCCCUCGGAGAUCGCUCUGGUGCUGGAAUUGGUGACGGGAGGAGAGCUCUUCGACAGGAUCGUGGAGAGGGGGUUCUACAGUGAGCGGGAUGCAGCCCACGUGGUCAAGCAGAUCCUGGAGGCUGUGUUGUAUUUGCAUGAGAACGGAGUGGUGCACCGGGACCUGAAGCCGGAGAACCUGCUGUAUGCAGACCUGUCCCCCGACGCCCCCCUGAAGAUCGGUGACUUCGGGCUCUCCAAGAUCGUGGAUGAGCAGGACACCAUGAAAACUGUCUGUGGGACACCGGGGUACUGCGCCCCUGAAAUCCUGCACGGCUGCCCCUAUGGCCCUGAGGUGGAUAUGUGGUCGGUGGGUGUCAUCACCUACAUCCUGCUCUGCGGCUUCGAGCCCUUCUUUGACCCACGUGGGGACCAAUACAUGUACAGCCGCAUCCUCACCUGUGACUACGAGUUCGUGUCCCCGUGGUGGGACGAGGUUUCCCUCAAUGCCAAGGACCUGGUCAGAAAACUGAUCGUCUUGGAUCCCCAGAAGAGACUGACGGUCUAUCAGGCUCUGGAGCAUCCCUGGGUGACUGGAAAAGCAGCCAAGUUUGCCCACAUGGACAGCACACAAAAGAAGCUGCAGGAAUUUAACGCCAGGAGGAAACUGAAGGCUGCCAUGAAAGCCGUGGUGGCAUCCAGCCGUUUGGGCAACCACGGCCACCACGACUGCUCCAGGAGCCGGGGGGGCUCCCGGGGGGGCACUGAGGCCACCGCUGCAUCCGAGGAGCUGGAGGCGUUCCCUGCUGUGCCCAAAGUGCCCAUCAACGGGGCGAGCUGCAGGAGCUGAUGGUGCCCGGCUCCCGGCAGCACUGCGGGGGCUCUUGGGGCAGCCAUGGGGAUGGCAGCAUGGGGUGCAUCCCUGCGUGGUGUCGUGGUGCUGCUGCGGCUGUGCGUCCACCCCCACCCCGCAGGGAAGCAGCGCUGGCGACUCCUGUCUUCCAACAACCCAACAGCUUUGGCUGCUGUGGCAUUACGAGUGUCCCAGCUGCUUAAAAACGAGGAGCAAACAGCAAGGAAAAAAAAAAAAAAAAAAAAAGGAUUUCUUUCACUUUCCCAACAAAGGCAGCGAGUUAUCUCUACCACAGAGUUCUGUAAAUAGUCCUCAAAGGCAUCACUGCAGAGGGGAGGGGUGGCCAGCAACGUGUGCCCCGUCUCCAGCCCCAUUGCACCCACCAGCCCCACUGCGGGGGGGGAGGGGGGUGUCGGACCUCCCCCCAAAAACGUCUGCCUGCAGCUCCUCGGUGUCUUUAGGUGGUAGAUGAGCUCUGUUUGAUUCGUGCUUUCGUGACACUCCGGUUUCAUUCGUCCUGGUGUUCAGUCUCGGUGUGUGCUGUGUGGGAGUGGCAGGGCUGUCGGUGAGGAGUGCUGCCUUCGUUGCGUUUCUGACAGGCGUUUUAAUGAAGAACAAUGCAAUUAUUUCUACGGAGCAGCGUCAGGCUUUGUAACACGUAACGGUGCUGUUGUUCCUUCACUGGGGACGAUGAGUUUAUACUGCUUUUCUGUUUGGUUUUUUAAGACUAAUGAAAUCCGAGGACAAACUUCUUGAAAUGAGAUUUUUUUAGGCAUUUCUUUACCAAGCUGCGGGAUGAACAUUUGUGGAUUCUAAUACAGAACAAGAAAUGAGACAGGAAAAGCCAUACUACGUGUGCUGGAGAGAAGGGACUGCAGACAAAAGACACAGCUUUGCUUAAGCUAAGAGCUGCAAUUGCAGACACAGUCCAGAGAGGGUUGGUUGGUAGAUGCAGAGCUGUAACCAGGGAUGCAGGGAGGGAAAUGUAACACGGUGACUUUUGUACUUAUUUACAGCACAAACAGAAAUCCUAAGGAUGACAGUAAGGGCUGAUCCACGCUUUGUUGUGCUCGUUUAUGUUUAGGGUGCUCAUAAAGCCAAUUACAGAGGAGAGAUCAGAUGCGUGAGAGAAUGGACAAAGGAAACGAUGCUCCUUUUUCUUUGUUAUUUCCUCUUCCUUCCCUGCUUGAAGACAGAGGGCAGAAUGCAGUGCUGUGCUGAGCUCUGCUCUCCAUCCUGCAGAUGUGCAAACCCCACAGAAAUAUCCAUUUACAACCAUGGGGCCUGAACUUCAUGUCUGCUAUUUAUUAAAUCAGGUGUUAACAUUAAUUCAUACACUCUGACGUGAAGGACAGAUAUAAAACAUCGCGCAGGAGAAGGCCAGGGAGCUCAGCACAGGAGCAGGGACAUUGCUCUGCCCUCAGACUGCUCCUGGUAGCAGAAAACAAAGUAUCACUGAGAUAAUGGGUAAUAAAGUGUCAUCCUAGGAAGACGCCCCAGGGGCAAUUGUAGCCAGAAAAAGAAAAAAAAAAGGAGUUUGUCUCUUCUGUCAACAAAGUAUUAUUCCACAAAUAUCCGUACUUGGAGGUAGGGAAAGCAGUGUCAAUCCUAUGGGACACGCCAUUUCCGUCUGUAUGCUGUUUUCAGAAUGUGUUUUAAUAACUUAUUUCUUCGGUAUAGUGGUUACGUUUUCAAUAUCGCAGGUAUUUAUGAAAGAGCAUAGACAGCAAAUAAAACAUCUAACGGCGUAA